UUGAAAUUUUAGAUGAUUUUCUGGUAGUUUAAAUCCGAUACGUAGAUUGAUUUAGACUAUCAGAAAAACAUCUUAAGAUUCAAUAAGACUGACGGAGGAAAUCAAACGACGACGGAUACAUGACGGAGAGAUGGCUGCCGCCGGAAAUCCCAAUGAUGUAUGUUCAUUGCGCCUCCCACUGGUGGUUUUUCUUCGUCAGGUGGAUUCAACUCAACUCGCAUUUUGUCGACCUUGGGCUUGGGUGAGGGUGAUUUCAGCCUCCUCAAAUCAGAAACUGGUGUUGUGAACUGGCCUAACCGUGAGUUUACUGGAGUGAAACUCAUCAUGAAGGAUAAUAGAAUGACGGCUGUGCGUACAAAGUUGCCUCUUCCGGUAAUAAAGUCUGUGAGAUUUGAGGAAGUUUCUGCUGAUGCCCCCAAUGGCCCCCUGAUUGCAGCAGCAGUGCUUGCAAUUACAUUGCUUGUCCGCCAUGCUUUAGGUAUAUUUUCAUUACAAAAUUACCACUAACUACAUAUCUGAGUUCAUUAUUACCACCACAAUCCGUGUGUUAUUCUCAGUGCGCCAACAUUCCUUUACUUUCUAUUUGUAAUGAUAUUUCCUUACUGUGAUUUUACUAAAUUGCCCCAUUAAUCAAAUACAAAACUUGUCACUCAGUGUUCUCUCUCUCUCUCUCUCUCUCUCUCCUUUUACUUGGAGUCUAGGAAGAGAUUGAAGUACAGCUUUUGAAGAGGUUCGUUGGAUAUGAGGAAGAGAGAUAAGUUUGGAAGGGUGAUGCAGGGAAGGAAAGAGAGCGGUUUAGAAGGGAGAAAAGAAAUGAGGGAGGUCAGGGGAGAGAUAACAAGGCACAGCCUUCAAAGAUACUUUUCAAUUCAUUCCAAUCUGCCCUUGAGAUACAAUAGACAUCCAUACUUGUAGGCUUCAAACAACUCUUAGACUCCUAGAAAACCAUAGGACUGUAACUGCUAACUUAUUAGUAAUAAGACGUUAAAAGACUAA